AUGAAGAACAGUGCCAGGACAGACGCCAUGUGCUACAAAACAGAAGAAGGACCAGGCCCAAAAGACCAGGCCUCGGAGCUACAGCGAGCAAGAUAUCAAAACAAGAACCGCGCUCGCCUCCCUGCGUUCAGAACGGAAGCACAAGUCUGCCGCCUCGUACAAUUUCUACUCGCCCAACCCCCUGCAAAGUGUCCUAUGCCCACGCCUUUCGACCUCCCUUGGGGAGUCCCACCGAGCAUGGAGUCUCCUCGAUUGUAUAAGCGACCAGCUUCUACUGCCAGCAGCUCGAUGACCUCCCGGUCCAGCGUUGAGUUGAAACACAAGAGUCUCUUGAGUAUUAGAUCUUCAAUCGUCUACGAGUCAAGUCGAGCAGGAACAGCAUCAGUACAAAGAAACCUCCUUAAAUACCUCUGGCUGCAAUCCCUGGCCAACGAAGACCGGCUGCUGAGUCCCUAUCAGCAUCGCCGCGAUAUGGAGCAGCUGGAGAAGGAAGUCAACAGAUGCAAGGUUCUGGUUACUAACAGGGAAAAUGGGGUCGGAUUCUACCAACAAAACCCCGUCUGGGAGGACCUACACUAUUCGAAGAGAAGGGUUCAAGAAAGUGCCCGAGGAAAUUCUACUUCUAAUAUCAUCCGAGCUGAAGAAGUUACAUCUACGAAAUGGUGGGGAGCAGCAAGGUGUGCUCUAUAUGAAGAUAUCCAGAUGAUUGGAUGCGACUCGAUACUCCACACCAAGAAGAGGUUCAAGCUCAAAUACGGGACGAGGCUGAGAUUGCUACGGAAGACCCCCCGGAUUUCGACCAGAGCUAGCUGGAGCAAGAAAGAGCAGGACGAGUACCUCGAACUCCUGGCAUCUCUGAUCGUGGCAUGCCCAAACCUCGAAAGGUUCCCGGGCUUCUAUUCAGCGUACGAUCACGAGUUCACGAAAUUGGUACAUGCACUAUCAACACGAGCAAAGCUCACUGAGAAGGUCAGGAUCAUCUCUGCCAGCCCUUACCGGCGACAGCAUCGGUUUAAUAUCUCGGCCGAUGCGGACAAUGAAUUCAUCGAUUUCUUCGGCCACCACUCCAAUUGGACUUAUCUCAAAACUCUAGUUCUGCAUUGUAGCCCAGGUGGCACCAUCGAUUCCCUGGUGUUCACGGAUAUCUUUUACUCUUCACCUUCCCUGGAGAAUAUACUGGUCUCAUCUUAUCCUGCCACUUCUUUCAAUGGCGAGACACUUCUGUCACUACCAUCUUUGAAGUCGGUACGGCUCGAUAACCUCCCCGGCGUAACUGCCGACGGACUGUCGAGUUACGGGUCUCACGCGAGGACUGAUUUCCUGACUUCGUUAUCAUUGAUCUCGCUUCCGCUCCUCUCCCAGCCAGUCUUGACCCGACUCUUCUCUCAUCUGAAAUCCCUCGUUCGUUCCACCAUAUCUCAAGCACCCUCGCCAUCGCUCCCCAAUGGCGUUGAGAUCUACCUGCAUCCCUAUCUGGCCUCUUCAACUCUGCAGUACCUGCAUUGGGAAUUCACGAACCCCAGCGACAGGCAAGCCACCGAUAUUUUCGCCAAGUCGACGGAAUCUGGCGGCUUCCCAGCUCUGCGAACACUUCGUGCGCCGACCGACCCUGACGGCACCCUCCAACGCCUCUGCAGGCCCAGAGAUCGCAUCGAACACCAAGCAGACUGA